AUGGCGUCUGGGCCCAUGCCGACACACAGUGGCUUCACAAGGCGUGGUCCUCGACUCUCUGCCGAUCCACAACACAUUGCUAAACGAAAGAGGCUCAUUGCAGAGGAAUUUGCUCGAGAUGGUAAACAUGCUGCCAUCAGAAAGACAAUCUCGUGGGGAGACAUCAGGAAACAUGACACAGAUUCACCUAAUAAACGAUCUCGUACAUCCCUUUCCCAAUCUAUCACACCUGGACUAUCCGACAUAGAACUCCUCAGCAUCAAUCCAACACUUCAACAAAGGGAGUCCGCCGGAAAACCUUCGCCCAUUUUGAAACAACCUCCGCCUCAAAUUACGCUUCAAUCUGCCAGUCGUGGAACUAGCCCUCAAAGGUCCCAAGCCCAACCAGAGAUAAUUAACCUCGUCAGCGACGAAACAUCCCAGAGCAACGAGCGCUCCCAGUCUCAUAGCAACGAGGCUCGAGUGGAACAAGCUUCGGAUCUCCCCUCGAGUGUCGAGCAAACUACCAAGUUAGGAAAAAGUGUUGGCUCGCUAGCACCUACGCCGCCAAUAUCGGAAGCCGGUGUUCAAUAUCAAGAACAAGAUGUUCUCGAGCACAAUAGGUCUUUGUCACCGAGAUAUAUACAUUCGCAUGCUAGCCCAAGGGCGAACCAAUCACUUGCCCGCACACCGGAUUCUCAGCUUCGACGAAAGCGCAAAACGUCCAAUAUGGGGAUUCAGACUAUUCCAGACAAAGAUGUUGAUUGGCUUGGAGACAUUAAUGCGGACAACUCGAUUUCAGCAGUCGAAAUUUCCAGAAUCUGGGCGGAGCAACGAUCAGGUCCAAAGGCUUCAGAGGAAUCUAAUCGGUUCCGAGAACCUACAUCCGAGCCUGAUGAGCCCCUUACCGGAAACUUCUUGGACGAAGUCGAGGGCCAAUUAGCUGACGAGGAUGAGGCAGCUGGAGACUUGAGCUAUGCUAAACCUUCUAAGGCUAUUGAGGACCCCAACGAAUUAAAUAGACAAGACCCGGCUCAGGCGCUUAACCAGGACAUUCCAAACCGUAUGCCCACUUCCCGGUCGCCAUCUCCUAUCGCCUGUGAGACUAUUGGCAGUCAUCCUCAAUCCUUUACUCGACCGUAUCCGUUUGAUCUCAAGGGGCGCAAGUUGGCCGGUGCUACCGAUCGGACCGACGCUCCUCAAGUGGACUCUCAACCUCGUCCUGUUUCAUUGUCACAGCCGAAUCCAUUUGUCUCUGAAACUCGCGCCCGGUCCAGGCUUUAUACCCCUCAACCUGCGCCACCCUCAAGGCAAAAAGAUUUGAGUGAACUACGGGCCGCUCCAACUCUGGGGAGGAGUAUGUUGGAAGCAACCAAACCACUGUCCGUUUCUACCAAUAAUGGGACUUACAAAACCGCUUUCAAAGACUCCGAUUUCAAGGCAAAUACAUUGAAGGCUGCGCCUACUCUUGGGAGAUCGACAGAUUGGGGUCAUGCUAGUCCUUCUCGGCGAGUUGCAUCCCGUUCGAACGAAAAAGAUGGUGCAAGUGGGGCACCCUCCAGCUUCCCUUUAGGACCUCCUUCCUCCCCCUCGAACGGCUGGGAGGCGGAGUCAAUAAAUGCGAGUACUCCUCAUCGGCUUGUUACUCAGAUGUCAACCAUGGCACAAAGCCUCAUCCCAGAAAAUGUAUCGGUCAAGGGGGCUUCCUUGUCAGAUGAAUUCCCGCCCAUUACACUUGCCGACCUUGAAAGACGGCGUCGAUCCUCCAUCGCCUCCUUGGCUGAAUCCAAGAAGAUACGGCGCGAAUACGACACUAUCGAGUCCAACGCAGUUCCUCAGCUUCGGGCACAUAGAGAUACAUACGAUGAAUCUGGUCGACGGACAUGGGUGCCAAAGAGGCCAGGUAUGAGGCGUGCAUUGGAUGUCCCACCGUCAAGUACGAAGAAGCCCAUCAGGACCAAGUAUCAGCCCCCGGUCGAAGAGUCGGAAGAAGCCGAGGAAAGGCUCAGUUACGACCCUCCUGAAUCCGCGCGGGAGUCUCGCACAGAAACAUUCGACCCUGUUCCUUAUGGUGAAACAAUGCAAGAGCACCAAGUGGAAACGGGAGGGCUACCAGGGAAGACGUACUUUCACGAAACUAAGAAUAGGGAUCCUCGCCCGCCGACUGAGAUCUCGGAAACUCCACAAAGCACUCGUGUUCGUGAUCCGUACGACCUCGCUACUUCAGAGCUCCAAGAAUUCCAGUCACAGAGGUUCGAAAGCGAACAGCCUCGUAUGAAGCCUAUCGACUUUGCCUACAUUCUACCACACGAUCGAUCGGCCUUGAGUACUGGACGGAAAGAUCAUUCAGCCCAUGCUACACGAAAUCAACUUGUCCCAUCGCCCGAGGUUGGGCGUGGGUCUCAGCCCGUGUCCCCACAGCGCAUCAAACUUGACGGGGCUCAACGAGGAAGGCAUCCUCGAGGCGAAAGCGUCCGAGCUCAGGGCUCCAGAUAG